AAAGAAAUUGCGGUCAAUAACAAUAUAACCUCAAAAGAUCCGCGCUCCCAGAAUGAAAGUACUUCCUCUCAACCCGACUCAUUAUCAAAUAUUACUCCAACUCAUCAUACUACAGCCAAAAGUAGCAGCGACAGCCCAAUCCUAAUUAUCGGCGAUUCUAUCAUCAAACAUAUUGAUCCUAAAAAGAUCUCCCGAAAGAAAACUAUUAAACGCACGUUUCCUGGCAAAACCGCAGAACAAAUAAAAAGUGGAAUCUAUGGAGGUUGA